GUCGAUGUUGGCUAUCGCUAUUUGUGGGUCGAUGAGUACUGUAUUGAUCAAGGCCACGAAGCACACAAGGUAGAUCAGAUUAGUAAAAUGGAUAGAAUCUAUCACGGUGCUGAUUUCACGAUCGUAGCCACAGGCCCCGAUAAAAAUCAUGGCCUCCCUGGAGUCGUCUCAGCAAGGGAAUUAGGACCCCAGGUUUUCCACUUAAACGGUAAGAGCAUUGUCUUCACUGGUCCAGAUCCCUUGUGGUCAAUACGAGAUUGUACAUGGAUGACUACAGCAUGGACAUUUCAAGAAGGGUAUCUCUCCAAGCGACUCCUGGUGUUUACUGAUCACCAGAUGUCGUUCUACUGUGGGGCAGCCUCUUGGAUGGAGUCCCUAGGCGGUCUGGAACAGUUCAAGGAUCCAGGCAGUAUAAACUGGAAUACAUGGGACGCAAGGUGCUCGCCCUACGGUAUACCUGAGUCAAGCACACAUCCAUUAUCUACGUCCUCUCGUACAGGUUCGACACCGGAGAUACUCCGUUUUAGAUAUAAUAACUUUAUGGACCUGGCAACACAGUAUACCAAUCGAGGCCUGCGUUACGAUUCCGACGCGAUAAACGGCUUUUCAGGUGUUAUGCACUUUUUAGAGAAAGAGGCUCCACCCAUUCUCAACGUCAUAGGGCUACCGUAUAUCCACUGGGACACUCAAAGACAGAAGCGCUUCAUCCUGUCCCUUUGCUGGUAUCACAGCGUAUCUCCAGAAGUUACCAGGCGCAGAGCAGCUUUCCCAUCUUGGAGCUGGGCUGACUGGACGGCUGGUAUAAACUGGCACACUCGGAAUCCAUUAUGGAACCUAGAUAUUAUGGAAAGCUCGGUGCGAAAUGUGUCCUUGGAGUCAAGGGACCCUUCCAGAAGUAUCAUUUCCAUUGAUUCGCAGCCCUCUCAGGAAUUCCUCGCAACGGUUACUACGAUCCACUUGGAAGCAUUGAUAUUCCCCGCGCACCUUCUCUCUGCCAGAAGCGCAGAAUCAAUAUGGACAACUGACUCAUGGGAUGAUAUCAUCGUCCAUGAGGAUUUUGAAACCCUCACAGCAAUGGCUCAACCUACUUGGUCGCCGAGCCAUUUCAGAAGAAGCCUUGAAGAAGGCAUCUGGUCUUGCCUCAUGCUUGAGCUCGAUCUUGUUUUCCCAAGCCGCCCAGGGUUCCUUAUCGUAGUGGAAUGGAAGGACAAUGAGACAGCAGUUCGGGUGGGCGGUUUACUAAUCGAUAUCUACAGUAACGACCCCUGGCCCCCAAUGGAGUAUAGAAAAGUCAGACUUGUGUAGUAACAGGCGCAAUGGCUAUCUACUGGAGCAUUCUUGGAAUCUUUGCAUACAUUGACAUUUUUAGCGUUAUGUAACAGGAUGGAUGACGUUAAAGAAGUCUCGCGCCCGCCAGCCAGGAGCAACAGCAGAAGUAAAAGUUACCCAGACGAUACCGUAGAGCAGAACCUGUCUAAGCAACACGAACCCUUGGCUUGAGAUUACUGUUACGACUGCUCAGCUCUGGAUUCAUAUUGGGUCUUUACCAGUACGAACUCUUGUCGAUGUUUCCUGCGCUCUAGCCCUGGCCACC